AUGUUGACCCAGCAAGCGUGGGAUGUUGCCAUGCGGCGGCGGUUCAACUUCAAGUUCACCAGUUCGAAACGCCCAUUUAUCUCUCCUCACCCCGCGCCUGUUGUGGAUGAAUCGAGAUACUACAAUUUUGACGAUACCCUGGCCCCUAUACGUCCGGGGUCACCUCUGGCAGACCGGCCAGUAAUCGACCCUACGACGCUGGUGCACCUUCGACACGCCUGUAUCCUGCUCUAUCAUAGGGUCAAGAACCAGGGCCAGCCUGUCCGGCGUGCUGCCAUUCCUGAGCCGGAUCCGGGCUACUCCCAGCACGAACAUGAGCGUCACAAACUGGCUGAUCACCCACCAGAUAAACGGCCUAUAGGCUCCGUGGACGAAGGCAAUGCUUCUGGGAGCAGUAUCCCACCAGAGAGUGCAUCAUCUGGACGCCGUAGACCGCUUGUUCGGACAGACUUGCCAUCUUCCAGCUUGCUGCCUACUUCUGGCCCCGUGGCUCCCAAUAGCGCCAGCGUUGUUACCGACCAGCCUUCCCCGGAGAUGGGAAUACGACGGACAACAUCUGCUCCUAUGCAUACAGAGACUGGUAUCAUAGUCGAAGACCCUUCGUAUCCAUAUACAUCUCGGAACUGCCAGGUUCCCAGCGUCAGCCAUGGCACCAGCCUGUCCACAUCCCCAACCGGGCCUGCAGCCCCUGAGUCCUCCCUCCAAACUCGGCCGGAAGAUGCACCACACCCUUUCGCAGGUCGCACGGCUGGCAGACAGGGCUACCAAGACAGUGAUACAGAGACUCUCGCACCUACAGAAACGGAUAUUCGUCAACAUGCUGAAAGCACGCCCGGUCCUAUCAGCCAGAGCAUGGGAUUGGUGCCAGUAGCAACACAGGCCUCCGACGAGAGAUCUUCGUCGAGCUCCUCAAACUCUUCUACGGAUGCCACCAAUACCUCAGCAACCACAGUGACCACUACCAGCACGUCCAGCGAUAUCACCGCCGCGACUAGUACCUCCACUCCACCGGCCACUUCUGCGAGUGCUGCGACAACUGCCAGCCAGCUGUCACGAGUGCAGACUUUUGUCAAGAAGCUUUCCAAGUUCGGAUUCAAUAAAAAGAAAGCAUCAAGCACCAACCGAAGAAAUAUGGGCUUGGGCAUGGUGGUUGAGGCUACCUGA